CGUCUCUGACGUCAUCUCUCCGCGCCGGAGCCCGCCGUGCAAUGGCGGAGGUGAAGGUGAAGCCGGAGGUGCCCGAUCCCAUGGACAUCGAGAGCAGGAUCCUUGAGCUGUGCCACCAGUUCCCCCAUGGCAUCACGGACCAGGUGAUCCAGAAUGACAUGCCUCACAUGGAAGCCCAGCAGAGAGCUGUGGCCAUCAACAGGCUGCUCUCCAUGGGGCAGCUGGACCUUCUGAGGAGCAGUGCAGGUCUCCUGUACAGGAUCAAAGAUUCCCAAAAUGCAAGUAAAAUGAAAGGUUCUGACAAUCAAGAGAAGCUGGUUUACCAAAUCAUAGAGGACGCAGGCAAUAAAGGUAUUUGGAGCAGGGACAUUAGGUACAAAAGUAAUCUGCCUUUAACAGAGAUCAACAAGAUACUGAAAAACUUGGAAAGCAAGAAAUUAAUUAAAGCAGUUAAAUCUGUGGCAGCAUCCAAGAAGAAGGUCUACAUGCUGUACAACCUGCAGCCCGACCGCUCCGUCACUGGAGGGGCCUGGUACAGUGACCAGGACUUCGAGUCUGAGUUUGUGGAGGUGUUAAAUCAACAGUGUUUUAAGUUUCUGCAGAGCAAGGCAGAGGCAGCUCGAGACAGCAAACAGAACCCCAUGAUCCAGAGGAACAGCUCGUUUGCCUCAUCCCACGAGGUGUGGAAAUACAUCUGUGAACUGGGCAUCAGUAAGGUGGAGCUGUCAAUGGAAGAUAUUGAGACCAUUUUGAACACUCUGAUCUAUGAUGGCAAAGUGGAGAUGACCAUUAUUGCUGCCAAGGAGGGGACAGUGGGCAGUGUGGAUGGGCAGAUGAGGCUGUACAGAGCUGUCAGUCCUCUCAUCCAGCCCACUGGAUUGGUCAGGACACCCUGUGGACUCUGCCCUGUUUUUGAUGAUUGUCAUGAAGGUGGUGAGAUUUCUCCAUCAAACUGUAUUUAUAUGACAGAAUGGUUGGAGUUUUAAAGUGAAUGGAAACUGUUAAGUGGAUUCAUCCUUCACAGCCAAAGUGACAAAGCAGCUUGCUUUUUUUAAAAGCGGACUUCUAAAUUUGUGAGCAACUUCAGGACGUGGAGUUACAAUCCAGCCAUGUCAGUUGUGUGAACUAUCCUGGGAGUGGACUAGAAGUGGAGUCAGAGCUGAAGAUCAAGGCUGAAGUGGAAAUGUAGAUCCAUUCUUCAAUCAAAACUGGAGAUGGCAACUAAGGUGGUUAAUAAAACAGAUUUCUAAGCAACAGUUCAAAAUAAAGUUCAAACAAGGUUGAGACA